UUGGACUGAACAUCCCAGCAAAGGUUGCAAGUAUUCAUCAUUGUCACUUUCCUUUUGGUGAAAGGCCUAGAACCAAGAUGGCCACCAUUGCUUACCUUGUCUUUUGUCUCUUUGGCCUUCUGUCCACCACCUGGGCAAAAGGACUGAAACCCAGAAACCCGGCUCUGCCCCGGACUACCUGCCCUGACGGUACCCUUUCCUACAAUUUCAAUUUUGAGGUGUACUGCUUUGAGUUUUUCAGCAAUCCAUUGACCUUUGCGGAGGCAGAGGCGGCCUGCCAGCGAAGUGGGAAAGACGGCCACUUAGCAUCCGUCACAAGUGCAAUCCAGACAGACCUCAUUGGCACUUAUGUGUCUGAAAGCAACUGGAGGGGACAAUAUGUGUGGAUCGGGUUGACCCUGAAACCAAACUCAAACCCAGUAUCUGGCUGGCGGUGGACAGAUGGCACACGGUUCAUGUAUAACAGCUGGGCGGCUGGAGAGCCCAACGAUUACGCACAUCAGUUUAACUGUGCAGUUCUUACACCUUAUUUAGGGAACAGGCUGUGGGUAGAUGCUAGCUGUAAUUCCAAGAAUGCAUUUCUCUGCAAGUGGAAACCUUCAUAGGCCAAGUGCUCUGCAAGGCGUAAUGAGUGCUCAUCACCUUUUGGGAAGCUAACUAUGCCUACUGAGCCGAAGAUAUUUCUCCUGCACCUUCCAAGACCCUUCCUUGUGGCAAAAGACCUCUUCGCCAGAGACCUGGAGUUCACCUGGGCCUCUGGCACGCUGUUCCCUUCGGCUGUGACUAAAGCUCACUCCAACUUUC